AGAAGAACAAAUAAAUAGAAACAUACCCGACGACUCUCUACUUCCGCGACACUUUUCGAAUAUCAACCGUUCAAUCCCCACCCACCCACACCCUCCCGCCAUCACUGCUUCCUCUCUUUCAUUCUUUCUCUCCCACCAAGCACCCUGGCCUUUUGCGUCGCACGACCUCGUCACCGCCCACCCCUCCCUCGAAUACCAUCUGCCGCUCUCGCUCUCCCUUCAUCUUCUACCCCUUAACAUUCCCAACCCGCGUUUAACCCCUUUCCACGACAACCCAGAGUCGCACGACAUAUUCGACUAAAGAACCCCGUCGCCGUCGUUCUCAACAUUCACCGGGGCAAUUUCCAUCUUACAAUUGGCCUCUCGGUAUUGUCCCUGCCCUCUCGACAUAGCAGCACGUGCCCUUCCCCUGCUCAGUCCCCUUCGGUCAAAUCAUGACCCAAGGUGCAAACAACGGCCACCUUAACGGGUUGGCGUUGCCCCACGUCCGAAUACUUCCCCUUUCCUACGACAGCGAAGAUUCCCAGCAAUCAGCGACUCGUCUAAUCCUGACUGUUCGACCAGACUGGGCUUCCGACGACUCCAACAUCGAAUUUAUUCGCUUCACCGACGGCAUCACCAAUACCUUGCUAAAGGCGAUCAACAAGCGGAAGGGCUGGUCCAAGGAGGAUAUAGAUAGGGAGGCUAUCCUCCUUCGAGCAUACGGCAAUGGAACCGCUGUCCUCAUCGACCGCGAGCGCGAGGCCCAGAACCACGAGCUUCUCAUGAAGUACGGACUGGCUCCCGAGCUUCUUGCCCGCUUCCAGAAUGGCAUGAUCUAUCGCUUCAUUAAGGGCAGCGUAACAUCCCCCGAGGAUCUGAGGAAGCCCGCUAUCUACAGGGCUGUCGCUAGUAGAUUGGCCCAGUGGCAUGCGACCGUGCCCUGCAUUACGCACCCGACGUCAGCGAACAGCCAUGUCGACGAGAACGGUGCCAACGGUCACCAAGACCCAGAUGCCAUCAUCGAGAACGCUGCACCUGGCAAGCCAGUGCCGAACCUGUGGACCGUAAUGCAGAAGUGGAUACUGGCGCUGCCUAUCAACACUCAAGUCCAAAGGGAGAGACAAGAGAAACUCCAGAGGGAGCUGGAGUAUAUCGUGAAGGAGUUCAGUCAACGACCCGGCCUUGGUGCCGAUGGUCUCGUCUUUGCCCACUGCGACCUCUUGAGCGGAAACGUGAUUGUGCUGCCGAGCAGCCUGCCUGCGAAGGGCAGUAAGAAGGAAGCCACAGUGACGUUCAUCGACUAUGAGUACGCUACGCCCUCACCGGCAGCAUUCGACAUCGCCAAUCACUUUGCUGAGUGGGGUGGUUUCGACUGCGACUACAACGUGUUGCCCACCAAGUCCCAACGCCGAGAGUUCAUUGAGGAAUACGUCCGCUCAUACUUCAGGUGUUCCCAAGGUAAUCCGGGAGUUGAUAUUGAGGCGGAGACCCGGAAACUCAACGACGAGGUUGACCUGUUCCGUGGCGUGCCGGGUUUCUACUGGGGCAUCUGGGCGCUGAUCCAAGCCGUCAUCUCGGAGAUUGACUUUGACUAUGCCUCGUAUGCGGAGACGCGUCUGUCUGAGUACUGGGCAUGGAAAGAGGAGAAGGAAGGCGACCGGGCGGCGGCCGGCAAAGAGAUGCCCCUGCGCGAGAGACGAUGGGAACAAAUGGAAUAACGCGACGAGGAGGUAAUGUGACCAGACUCAUCAGGUUUCUGCCAUCGACGCAGGUCUUGACGACAGUACCCAGCUGAAAGCACACAAACAACAUGAUAAAAGACAAGCUAAGACAAAAAAACACGCCGCAGAAGUUUGGCAAGGGUUUCUGUAUAUAAACUUCAACUGCGAAACAGAAAUGGAUCGGCGGGAGCGAAGCAUAAUAUCGACACGGGCCGGCGUCAUUCAACAUGAGCUCGACGAAGGCCAGGAAAGAGCUCCGGGGCGUUUCGGGCGGGUUCCUUAGAUGGGGUUUCAUUGCAUGCAAUAUUAACAUUAUAAUUACUGUGAUGAGGGAGAAAUCGA